CAACCGCCUCCCGCUCCUUCCCCCGCCCCCUCGGCCUGGUGUGCGCACGCGCGCCCCUUCCGGGCUGGCCCCUCCCUCUCCGUCACCCGUAACAACCACUCGAGCCCUCGCCGCGCCCCUCGGCCCUCCCGCCCCGGUCCCCCUCCCCGGAACCGGCGGUCGAGCGGCGGCAGCCGAGCCUGCGGCACGGCUCUCUCCUCACGGAGCCGCCGGCAUGAACGCAUCCCGCCGCCCCGCGUCCCCGACCCGGUCCUUCUGACAAGAGGAGUAAGAAGAUUGCUAUUGAAUUACAACCAUGGUGCAAAAAUACCAGUCCCCAGUGCGGGUGUACAAACAUCCCUUUGAGUUGAUUAUGGCUGCCUAUGAGAGGAGGUUUCCUACGUGUCCUUUGAUUCCAAUGUUCGUGGACAGUGACACCGUGAGCGAAUUCAAGAGUGAAGAUGGGGCUAUCCAUGUCAUCGAGAGGCGCUGCAAGCUGGACAUAGACGCGCCCAGGCUGUUGAAGAAGAUCGCAGGAGUCGAUUACGUUUAUUUUGUCCAGAAAAACUCGCUCAAUUCUCGAGAUCGCACUUUGCACAUUGAGGCCCACAAUGAGACAUUUUCUAACCGGGUCAUCAUCCAUGAGCACUGCUGCUAUACGGUUCACCCAGAGAAUGAAGACUGGACCUGUUUCGAACAGUCUGCAAGUUUAGAUAUCAAGUCCUUUUUCGGUUUUGAGAGUACAGUGGAAAAAAUUGCCAUGAAACAUUAUACAAGCAACAUUAAAAAAGGGAAGGAGAUCAUCGAGUACUACCUGCGGCAGCUAGAGGAGGAAGGCAUCACCUUCGUGCCCCGCUGGACCCCGCCCCCCGUGGGGCCCUCGUCAGACAUGCGUUCAUCAAGCCAGAAUCAAGCCACAUUCGCAGCUGUCCUUGUCCCAGAUGCUGCUGCCGGCAAGGAGGGGCUGAGUGGGGAUAGCCUCGGAAGCCCAGGAACCGCGUCUGAGCCCGUGGUGGGAACUCCUGACGACAAAUUAGAUGCCGACUACAUCAAGAGAUACUUGGGUGACCUGACUCCCCUCCAAGAGAGCUGCCUCAUUAGACUGCGCCAGUGGCUUCAGGAGACACACAAGGGCAAAAUCCCAAAGGAUGAGCAUAUUCUUCGCUUUCUGCGUGCCCGAGACUUUAAUAUUGACAAGGCCAGAGAGAUCAUGUGCCAGUCUUUAACUUGGAGGAAACAGCACCAGGUGGAUUACAUUCUGGACACUUGGACUCCGCCCCAGGUCCUUCAGGACUACUACGCUGGGGGCUGGCAUCAUCAUGACAAAGAUGGACGGCCACUGUAUGUGCUCAGGCUAGGCCAGAUGGACACCAAGGGCUUGGUGCGAGCUCUCGGAGAGGAGGCCCUACUGCGAUACGUUCUUUCCAUAAACGAAGAAGGCCUGAGACGAUGUGAGGAAAAUACCAAAGUCUUUGGCCGGCCAAUCAGCUCGUGGACCUGCUUGGUGGACCUUGAAGGACUGAACAUGCGCCAUCUGUGGCGACCAGGGGUCAAAGCCUUGCUGCGCAUCAUCGAGGUGGUGGAGGCCAACUACCCGGAGACGCUGGGCCGCCUCCUCAUCCUCCGAGCUCCCAGGGUCUUCCCUGUCCUCUGGACACUGGUGAGUCCGUUUAUUGAUGACAACACCAGAAGGAAGUUCCUCAUUUAUGCUGGAAAUGACUACCAGGGCCCUGGGGGCCUGCUGGAUUACAUCGAUAAAGAGAUUAUUCCUGAUUUCCUGAGUGGGGAGUGCAUGUGUGACGUGCCAGAAGGAGGACUGGUCCCCAAAUCCUUGUACAGGACUGCAGAGGAGCUAGAAAAUGAAGACCUGAAGCUCUGGACCGAGACCAUCUACCAGUCUGCCAGCGUGUUCAAAGGAGCCCCACAUGAGAUUCUCAUUCAGAUUGUAGACGCUGCCUCCGUGAUCACCUGGGAUUUUGAUGUGUGCAAAGGGGACAUCGUCUUUAAUAUUUAUCACUCCAAGAGGUCUCCCCAGCCACCCAAGAAGGACUCGCUCGGGGCCCACAGCAUCACAUCCCCAGGAGGGAACAAUGUGCAGCUCAUAGACAAAGUCUGGCAGCUUGGCCGGGACUACAGCAUGGUGGAGUCUCCUCUCAUCUGCAAAGAAGGGGAGAGCGUGCAGGGGUCCCAUGUGACCAGGUGGCCAGGCUUCUACAUCCUACAAUGGAAAUUCCACACCAUGCCAGCCUGCGCUGCCACCAACCUCCCCCGAGUGGAUGACGUGCUGGCCUCCCUGCAGGUCUCCUCCCACAAGUGCAAAGUCAUGUACUACACAGAAGUCAUCGGCUCUGAGGAUUUCAGAGGCUCCAUGAGCAGCCUGGAGUCCAGCCACAGCGGGUUCUCACAGCUCAGCGCUGCCACCACCUCCUCCAGCCAGUCGCACUCCAGCUCCAUGAUUUCCAGAUGGCGGUUUUGCUGACAGCCUCCAGGAAAGCGCUUCACUCGACAGCCCACACGUGCCCAGAGGUGUUUGUAGACCUAUCUGAGUCGUAGCCAUGUCCCAGGCUGAAGAGCUGUCCCCUAAGCCCAUUCAGAAGUGGCACUGUGCAGUCCCUCAGAGCUGAGAGCAUCUUUACUAAGAGCUCACAGCACACAACUCCACGCUCACAGGCCCUCAGCUUCCCGCGCCUCAGGGCACUGGCUGCCUUGUGAGGGGAGACUGGGAAAUGACCAGGCAGCUCUGAGAGCUGCCCCUCCCAGUGCCCAGCACCUUCCUAAAGUGCUGCUCCCCCACUCCGGGCUCUCCUUGUUUCUGGUGUCUUAAGUCACUCUCCUUCCUGAAUCCAUUAUUUGCAUAUCAAAUUCUGUAAAUGUUUUGUAAACAUAUUACCUCGCUCUUGGUAAUACAAUGCUGAUAGUCUUUAAAAGAUUUUUUUAUUGUUACAAUAAUAAAUGUGAACUGUUUAAGAA